ACGGCAUAUCUAAUUCCGUCACCGUUCCCCGGUUCACCGUUUUGUUCAUCAACCGUCCAGCCUUAGAUCUUCGGUGAACUCUGGAUCAGGGGUCACGGCGUGCUCGAACACACGAUUCACGUCGAAGCAUCUCUGUUCUAACACCCAUGGCAGCCAACAGGGGACAACAGAAUGGAAUUCAAUUGCUUCUUGCUGCAGAACAAGAGGCACAGCGCAUUGUCAAUGCUGCCAGAGAGGCGAAAAUGGCUCGGCUAAGGCAAGCCAAAGAAGAAGCAGAGAAGGAGAUUGUUGCGUUUCGUGCUCAAAUGGAGGCUGGGUUUCAGAGCAAGGUGGCAGAGAGUAGUGGAGAUUCUGGCGCUAACGUCAAGCGGCUCGAGCGAGAAACAGAAGCGAAGAUAGAACACCUGAGGACGGAGGCCACGAGAAUUUCUCAAGACGUCGUGCAGAUGCUGUUGAAGCAUGUGACCACUGUGAAGAACUAGGGGUGUCGUGUAAGUGAGGCGCGAAAUUGCUCGAGGGCGCCUUUUUUGUGUUUGCAUAUAUUUAUCGGUGCUUUCUUGCUGGGUUUUACGAUUUCAUUUGUUUUUUUCCUGAUGGGUGUAACUAGUCCUAUGUGCUGCCGUGAAUCUAGCUUUUUAUGGUGAUUCAAAUAGUGAAUCAUGUCCUAUAUAAGAAGUCAUUACUCUUUGUUUGUUGUCUGUCCAAAGAAAAGUUUCAUAUGCUUAAAUGGAGAUGUCAGUUUUUGAA